GUGAAUGCCAUGCCACUACUGGAGGAGGAGGAGUACGAGGCCCUGGCUGAUGCACGCUCCAAGCAGCGUGCGAUGCGCACAGCGGAACGUUCAGAAAAUGUUGAGGACGACGCGCCGUUGCACAAUUUGGCACAAAGGCUUGUUGACUUCGUUUCUUCGAAGUGGUUCGAGGGUGUCUUUGCCGCUGUCAUCAUCACGAAUUGCUUCUUUUUAGGCAUUUCCCUGGAGGUCUCCUCGCAGGAUUUAUCAUCAGAGCCUCCUCCGGGAUUCAAAGUCGUCGACUACUUCUAUGCUGCGCUCUUUGCAAUAGAGCUUAUUCUCAAAAUCAGCGUACAAGGUCAGAACUUCUUCUGCCUCUUGGCAGACAGGUCUGCCCUAUUCUGGAACUAUCUGGACUUGGUGAUUGUUGGAACAUCCAUCUUCGAGCUGGUCUUUGACCUGAUUCUGGCUUUUGAAUCUGAUGAGUCGGCAGCCCCUACGCAGACGCGUCUCUUGAGGAUCAUUCGGAUUAUUCGAGUGCUGCGUGUGAUGCGGGUCAUUAAGGUGGUCAAGUUCAUAUCUGCGCUGACCUCCCUGGUGUCAUCUAUUUUGUCCACUCUGAAAUCCCUACUGUGGAGCUUAGUGCUGUUGCUCAUGGUGAUGUAUGUGUUUGGCAUCCUUUUCACCGAUACGGUCAUUGGACACGUGAAGGAGAUGGGCUUGGAAGCGUUCGGGGAUUCGCAGCUCCUGAGACACUUCGGAUCGUUGCUUCUUCGCUGGUGA